AUGAAGUCUGCCUGUGUCCUCCUGUUCACCGCUGGCCUGGUGUCGGCCGCCACCGUCCCUGCUCAGCUGGCUGAGCGCGGCACGCAGAUCCAGUCGCUGGCCGGACAGGGUGUUGCGUUCCGCCGAGCUGAAGCGCCGGCGGCACAGGCGUCUGUCGCUCAGGGCAAGAACGCUGAAGAGGAGAAGAAGAAGAAGAACGAGGCCGAGGGGGCCGAGAAUGAUGACAAGAAGAAGACCGGGGCCGAGGGGGCCGAGAAUAGUGACAACAAGAAGGCCGAGAACCAGCAGGCUCAGAAGAACAAGGAUAAGAACAAACAGGAGGAGCAGAAACAAAAGGAGCAGCAAAAAGGCAAAAAGGAGAACAACCGUGGGAACAACCAGCAGCUCAACCAGCAGCUGGCUGCCCAGAUUAACCAGAUGGCUCUGAAUCUCAACCCGAACCUUGCCCAAGCCCUGUCCCUGAACAAUGUCAUCGCCAUGAACGCCGCCCAGCAGGUGGCCCUUUUCGGGGCGCUCAACAACGUCGCCUUCGCGUCGGCGAUCCCGGGUGUCAACAAUCAAGUCCUGCUCGCCUCCUUGGGCAAUGUCUUCACCAUGAACAACAUCGACCUGAACGCUCUGAACUUGCAAGGCGGCGUCGGCGGCAUCGGCAACCUCAACAUCGCCAGCUUUGGCGGCGGCGUCGUCAACGGUGUGGCUGUGAUCUAA